AUGGGAACAGAGGAUGAGAAUAAUCACAAGAAGGAGACAGCUCAGCCACUAGACGAAAUCGACAUCGAUUUCUUGAAAAAAUAUGGAAAUGGACCUUACUCUUCCGACAUUGAUGAAUUGGAAAAGGAUAUAAAGAAAUAUGCUAGGAGGGUUAAGAAAUUAUGUGGGUUACAUCUUACAAGUGAUGUAGGAGUCGAGGAUUCUGACACAGGACUAUCAGCUCGUAGCAAAUGGAAUCUCAAAUCGGAUAUACUAAUGAUGAAGACAGAAGAAACUCUCCGUGUUGCGUACUGCACCAGCAUAAUGAACCCUAACACCGAACAAGCUAAAUAUGUGGUUAGACUGUCAGGAAAAUUAAGGAAACUAUACCAACUAAAAAUCCAUCUUAGACACAUAAACUCACUGGUAAGUUGGUGUGCUUAUUUUAACAGGAUUACUCUCAAGAAGCCCAAGAUACAGAUAUCCUUACCUCCUAAAAUUCAUCCCGAUGCAUCUUUGUUGACAGUGAAGGAGAAGCCUGAUGUAACAUACAAUGAUAUUGGUGGCUACAAAGAACAGAUACGAAUGGUCCGAGAAGUUGUUGAAUUACCCAUGAUUCACCCAGAAAAAUUUGUCGCUCUAGGGGUUGAUCCUCCUAAAGGAAUCUUGUUUUAUGGUCCUCCUGGGACAGGGAAAACACUGAUAGCCAGAGCUGUGGCUAACAGAACUGAUGCUUGCUUCAUUCGUGUUAAUGGAACUCAGCUUCUCUACAGGACAAUGGGUAAGGGUGCUGCAAUGGUUCGUCAUAUAUUUAAGAUGGCUAAGUCAAAAUUGGCCUGCAUACUUUUCUUUGAUGAAAUUGAUGCCGUAGGAGGUGCACGUUCUUUUGAUGUUGCUCGUGGUGACAAUGAGGUACAACAUACCAUGAUGGAAAUAGCAAAUCAGCUUGAUGGAUUUGAUUCUCGUGGAAACAUCAAAGUUGUUAUGGCCACAAACAGACCUGAUACUCUUGACCCUGCCCUCCUGCGCCCUGGAAGAAUAGAUCGGAAGGUUGAGUUUGGUCUUCCUGAUUUAGAGGGUAGGACUCAAAUAUUCAAGAUUCAAGCCAAGAACAUGAGUUGUGAAAGGGGCAUUCGUUUUGAACUUCUUGCUCGCUUGUGUCCCAACUGCACAGGUGCUGACAUAAGAAGUGUGUGCACUGAAGCUGGAGUAUUUGCCAUCCGGGCUCGAAGGAAGUUUGUGAAAGAGAAAGAUUUCCUUGAUGCAAUUAACAAAGUCAUCAACGAAUACCAGAAGUUUAGUGCAACCCCAAAGUAUAUGAUAUACAACUGAAACAGUUGAUUUUUUUCAAGAAACCAAAUAGCAAACCCCUGAAAACCAGUAAACCGAAACUGACUAUUUUAACUGUGAGUUGUGACAUGUUUGGCAAUGUUAAUUGUAGAGAUUUGUAUUUUGAAUUAAGCAUUUAGGCUUUAUCUUCUGUUUAGGCAAUCAUAAGCUAGUGAGUUUGGAUAUGAAAACAGCUUGAAUUUUAUAUCAUUCAUUGUGCUUCAGCUCUUAAUAUACACAUUAGAUUUAGUAUGAAAACCUGAUGGAAAACUGUCACUGGCUGUGGAGGGCUUAAGGAUUCCGAAUCACUUGAAAAAAUCAGUUCUGAUUGCCAUCCGCAGACAUGCUGAGACAGGAUCUGUAGCAACUGCACUG